AUUUGUUUACAUUUAGAGAGUAAAAAUGGCGACUUCCAUGCACGUGAAAACCAAAGGAAAGUGGAAACCAGUGAAAAUUGACUAUAAUCUUUUAUCUCAAAAUGAUUUUGAUUCUUUAAUUUCAAUAGAAGAACUUACGGAUUACGAACUUAUCAAAGAUUAUACGUCUGGAAACUCUGGAAAAUCGAAAAAGAAACAGAAACCUGAAGAAAAGGAAACUGAUUCCAAGAAACAGAAUGAAGCUAAAGCUGUCAAGAAAGAAAAGAAAAAGAAAGGAAAAAAAGAAGUGUCCUUGACUAAUGAAAAAAAAUUGAAAGGAGAUAGUAAGGAAUUAAAUGUACAUGUAGAACAAGACACAGAAAAGAAGAAAAAAGAAGAGUUAAAGAAGAAUAAAAAAGGAAAAUUAGUACACAUGGACUCUCAGAUAGUAGAUAUCAAUCAACAGAUUGAAGAAGAGGAUAAGAUAGAAAACAGUAACAAACAGGGAAAGAAAAAGAAAGGACAGAAGAGAAAGAAGACGACUGCAGAUAACUCUACAAGUAAGAAGUUGAAACGAAGCAAACUGGAUACAGUAUCUGAAGAAACUGGUAACGAUAACACAGCUUCGAAAGAAACAAGCCUUGAGAACACAGAUUCUGCAAUACCUGUACCUAAUAAAGAAGAUGUUAUGAAAGAAAUGGUACAAUGGAAGGAUUUAUAUGUACCGGAAGAGGUCCUACUGGCUUUACGUGAUAGUAAAUUUACCACCCCCACACACAUACAGUCACUCACACUACCCCAUGCCAUCAGAGACAGACUAGAUAUAGUUGGUGCUGCAGAAACAGGUAGUGGUAAGACAUUGGCCUUUGGAAUACCUGUCAUUCAUAAAAUAUUGAAAUAUAAAAAGGAACAAUUGAACAAGGACAUACAGUUUGAUGGUGAGGAAAAAGAGGAUGAGACAGAGGCUACAGAGGAGAUAAAUAAAGAGAAAAGUUUAGAGGAAAGUGUUGAUAAAGAUGAAAGUCAUGAAUCUGAAGACUACCAUAGUGAUAGUGAAGAUGAACUUGAGUGGGAAAGUGAUGAUGAAAAUGAAGAUAGUCAUUCUGAUGAGAGUCUGGCAGACGAAAAUGAUGACAGUGAUUUUGAAGAUAGUUUUACUGAUGAAGAUGAAGAAAUGCAGGAGAGUUCAGAUGGACAACAGGAAAUGGGAUGUGUGACUGUAGUAGAUGAUGCAGACUUUUCAUCAUUAGGUAUUACAGAGAUUAAACCAUCAACAAAUGACCAUCCGUUUGCACUGAUUUUAGAACCAACACGAGAACUAGCAGUUCAAGUCAGAAACCAUUUACUGGCUGUUCUUAAAUAUACAGAUAUACAGGUGGCAACUCUAGUUGGAGGAAUGUCGUUACAGAAGCAACAGCGAGUUUUGAAAAGACGACCAGAGAUUUUAGUGGCUACACCAGGAAGAUUGUGGGAACUGUUUCAAAUGGGUGAUCCAUAUUUGGUAAACAUUGAUCAAAUCCACUGCUUGGUGAUUGAUGAAGCUGACAGAAUGGUAGAAAAAGGACAUUUUGAGGAAUUGGAGAAGCUAUGUCAACAUAUUAAUAAGGACGAGCAAAAGAGAAAAAAAAGACAAAAUUUUGUAUAUUCUGCAACUUUGACCAUGAUUCAUGUUGGAUCUUACCGACCUACGAAGAAAAAAAGAGUCAAAAUGACAGAGACAGAUAAAUUAGAAUCACUGAUGGAGAGGAUAGGAUUGAGACAUAAACCUAAAGUCAUAGAUUUAUCAAGAAAGACUGGCACUGUAGAAACUUUAACAGAGGCAAGGAUUAACUGUACAAAGGAAGAAAAGGACCUUUUUCUCUACUAUUUCCUGCAGCAGUUUCCUGGUAGAACUUUAGUGUUUGCAAACAGUAAAGAUUGUAUCCGAAGAUUGGUGUCUAUUUUCACUCUCUUACAAACUAAACCACUGCCACUACAUGCUGACAUGCACCAGAAACAAAGGUUAAAAAAUCUGGAGAAGUUCACAGCUGAUCCUAACAGUCUAUUAUUAGCAUCAGAUGUAGCAGCUAGAGGAUUAGAUAUACCAAAUGUUCAACAUGUCUUUCACUAUCAAGUACCAUUAACAGUUGAGAAUUAUGUACAUAGAAGUGGUAGAACAGCUCGAGCCAGUAAGGAAGGAAUUAGUGUUAUGUUGAUUGGACCAGAUGAUGUUAAAAACUACAGGAAAAUUAUACACACUCUUAAUAGAAAUGAAGACCUACCUAUGAUUCCAGUGGAUUAUCAAAUGCUCCCUUCUUUGAAACAAAGAUUAAGUUUGGCCUUAAAGAUAGACGUGACUGAUUAUAGAUUUGAGAAGAAGAAAAGACAGAAUAACUGGUUUAUAAAGGCAGCUAAUGAAAUGGACAUUGAACUAGAUGAUCGACAUUUAUUGAAUGACAUAGGGGACAGUCAGGAGCAAUCUCAACAUAAACACCACAUGAAACAACUGAAACAGGAACUAAAUUCUCUACUGCAUUCAACCUUGACCUCCAAGACAUUUUCUGGCAAAUACCCAACAAAAACUGGGAAGCUAAUGAUGCCUGAGGAGUCCAAGAAAGGAAGUGAUGCUAUUUUGUCUGUGAAAAAAGAUAAGAAAUCACAAGAGAAGCUUAUACAACAGAUACAGAAGGAAAGAAUAUUAAUGUCAAAGGCAUUGGACAAUAAAAAGAAAGAAAAACAAUCUAAAAGACAACAAAAGAAAAAUAAAAGAAAAAAUAAAGAUGCUUAAACAAAAUUUGUCUAU